AUGCAUUUAGAUACAGAUCCAAUGAAUGGCAAUGAUGACUAUAUCCCUGAUGAGGGAUAUAAUAGGAAUAAUAAUCUGAUGACCAAAAAUUAUAAGCAUGAAUCUAUGCAUGAAAAAACUCGAGUUAUCAUUAAAAAUAUUCCAAAGUAUAUGAAUGAAUUUGAUUUGAAAAAACAUUUUUUUAAAAUGAAAGGCAAAUAUGAUUUUAAAAUAACAGAUAUAAAAAUAAUGAAAAGGAAAAAAAUAAUUAAAAAUAAAGAGUCUUACGAAUCAAGAAAAAUAUGCUUUAUAGGUUUCAUAAGUAAUAUAGAUUGUGAAAAUUUUAAAAAAUCAUUUAAUAACACAUAUAUUCAUACAAGUAAAAUAACUAUAGAAGAUGCCUUUUCUCCAAUAUUGUCAAAAAAUAGUAAUACAUUUCAAUUGAAUGAAAUAAACCAAUCUGAAAAAAUGAAUAAAAAAGAUAAACAUAACAACACAGUAAAAGUUAUAAAAAAUGAUAAAUUUAUAAAUAAAAUGACAACAAUAAAAAAAACAAAAGCAGGGAUGAAUACAACCCGAAGCCAUGUUAUAUUUAUAGACAAUAAUUCCGAUCUAGAGAAAGUUAACAAACUAAAUGGAGCUGAAAAUGGUGAAAAAAAAAAAAAAAAAAAAAAAGAAAAAGAAAAAAAAGAAAACCAAUAA